AUGGAUGAAAAUGAUCCAGAUGAACUUACAAAUAUACCUCGAAAAUUAUCUUAUAUUAGUGCAACUAGUGAAGAUCAAACAAAUGCUGCUAGUAAAAUGGGUAUUAUGUCGAUGGCUCCAUUAAAAAUUCCAUUAAAUGAAAAUGAAAAACAUAUUUCAAAUGAUAUUAUACCAACAUUUUCAAUAGCUAAAAUUUAUAAAAAUUUAUUUUUACUUUCAUUAGCUUUUAUUCUCAUGUUUACAGCUUAUAAUGGUAUGGUUACACUUCAAUCAAGUUUAAAUGUUAAAAAUAAUGUUGGUGUUAAUUCUCUUAUUAUAACUUAUGCAUUUUUAAUAUUUAGUUCGAUUGCUCUUACUGGUGUUUGUAUGGAUUUAUUUGGUCUUAAAUGGACUAUUAUACUUGCUGAAAUUGGUUAUAUAUUUUAUAUAGCAGCUAAUAUAAAACCAUUACCUGUACUUAUGUAUAUCAGUGCAGCUCUUGUUGGUCUUGCUGCUGCUCCAUUAUGGACAGCAAAAGCGACAUAUCUUAAUCAAAUAGCACGUUAUCAUUCUGCACAUAAAAAACAAACUCAUGAAAUAUCAGUUAGUCUAUUUUUUGGUAUAUUUUUUGCACUAUUUGGUACAAAUACAGUUUGGGGCAAUUUAAUAUCAUACUUUGUACUUAAUCGAUUGAGUUAUCCUCAAGUAAUUAAUUGUGGAGUUCAUUUUGAUCCUAACAUAGCUUUACCAACAAAUACAACUGAAGAUGUGAAUAAUACAACUCGUUAUAUUCUUUGUGGAACAUUUGCUGGUAUGGGCGUUUUAUCAAUGUUACUUUUAUUUUUAACACUUGAUUCUGUACAAUUAACUCAAAAACAAACUAUGCAACAAUUAUUAAAGAAAAGUCUUGAAGUAGUUGUAUCAUUUAAAAAAUGGAAAUAUAUUGAUCAAUUAUUUCUUAUACCACUUACAAUGUGGACAACAAUUGAAACAGCUUUUUUAACAGCACAAUUUACUCGAGGUUUUAUUACUUGUCUUAUUGGUAUUCGUUAUGUUGGUCUUAUUAUGGUAUGUAAUGGAAUAUGUCAAGCAAUAAGUAGUUAUGCUUGUGGUCGUCUUGUUAAAUAUACAGGUCGAAUAUUUAUUUUUAUUGUUGCUGCUUUAAUUAAUUAUGCAAUGAUUAUUUUAAUGUUUCUUUGGAAUCCACAAGAAAAUCAAAUGGUUAUAUUAUUUGUUAUUGCUGGAUUUUGGGGUAUUGCAGAUGCUAUUUGGCAAACACAAGUGAUCGCUACUUAUACAGUUCUCUAUUCAGAAGCUGAUCCAAGUGCUUUAGCAAAAUAUCGUCUAUGGAAAUCAGUUGGUUUUGUUGUAACCUAUGGUUAUUCUAGUUAUGUAACUAUUCGACUUUCAUUGAUUCUUCUACUUGUGUAUUUAUCAGUCAGCAUGUUAGGUUAUGGUCUAGUUGAAGUACAUCUUCGUUGGAAAGAUUAUCAAAAAAAGAAACGCACUGUCAUAGAUAGUGCAUAG